CCUUAGUGUGACAGUUAAAGGCUAGUGAGUAUGAGGACACACUGCAGGCUGUGUAAGCUCUGCACAGACCUCAUAACUUGUUCCUGGAGCUCUUCCCCAUGAGGUCCCUCUGAUGUGAAUAUCUGGAAUGGCUGUAUUCAAACAGCAGAGAGUGGAGGAUCUUUACAGUAUCGCCGAAGAAUUGGGAAGUGGACAGUUUGCCAUAGUAAAACGAUGCCAGGAAAAAAAGACUGGAGUGAAUUAUGCCGCCAAGUUCAUCAAGAAACGUCAGAGCCGGGCAAGCCGCCGCGGGGUCACCAGAGAGGAGAUUGAACGCGAGGUGAAUAUUCUGCGGGAGAUCAAGCACCCCAACAUUGUCACCCUGCACGAUGUGUACGAGAACAAGACAGAUGUGGUUCUUAUUCUAGAGCUGGUUUCCGGAGGUGAGCUCUUUGAUUUCUUGGCUCAGAAAGAGUCGUUAAGUGAAGAAGAGGCAACGAGGUUCAUCAAGCAGAUCCUGGGAGGAGUUAACUACCUGCACACCCGAAAGAUUGCCCACUUUGACUUAAAGCCAGAAAACAUUAUGCUCUUGGAUAAAAGUAUUCCUGUGCCUCAUAUAAAGCUGAUCGAUUUCGGCUUAGCUCACAAAAUAGAAGAUGGAGUGGAGUUCAAGAAUAUUUUUGGGACACCGGAGUUUGUAGCUCCUGAAAUUGUGAAUUAUGAGCCUCUGGGACUGGCAGCAGACAUGUGGAGCAUUGGAGUGAUCACCUACAUAUUGCUAAGCGGAGCAUCUCCCUUCCUAGGAGAGAACAAACAGGAAACUCUGUCUAACAUUACUGCUGUCAACUAUGAGUUUGAUGAAGAGUUUUUCAGCCACACCAGUGAUCUGGCCAAAGAUUUUAUUUCAAAACUUCUGGUACAGGACACAAGGAAGCGUCUCUCUAUCCAGGAUGCCUUGUCCCAUGUUUGGAUCAUGACCCUUCAGUCCAAAGAGGAAAACAAAAUCCAUGAUACCAAAAGAACGGACAUGCGGAGGCUUAAAGCCAAGAGAUUGAAGGAAUAUACAAUGAAAUCUCACUCAAGCAUGCCACCCAACAACACUUACAUCAAUUUUGAGCGUUUUGCUAGGGUUGUGGAAGACAUCUCCACUGCCGAAAAAAGAUACAGCACUCUGGCAACAAAUAAUGACUCACUUCAAGAAGAUGUUGAGGCCCUCAUCUCCAUAUACAACGAAAAGGAAACCUGGUACAAGGAGGAGAAUGAAAAUGUUAGACAUGAGCUUUCCCAGCUCCGCUACGAGUGCCGUAAAGUGGAGUCCAUGAAGAGGAAUUUUCAACAAGACGUGCGCUUGGUGGGAUCCAACCUUGGAAACAUCUGUGGGAGAUACUCUGACCUGCAGUCUCGCUAUGAUAACCUCAGCAAGGAACUGUCUGAAGAUCUGAAAUGGAUCCAAAAUUUAGUAGAUGGAUUCCAUGAGGGUGACACAGGAUUUUGUGGGGGAAACUUUGCUUCUGUGUUGAACAGAGACCUGAGUGAAUCAUUUAUGGAUCUUCUGAAUCGGUCAUGCAGUGAAGACCUUCUGGAAGGGCUUAAUCUUCGAAUUACAGACUCCAAGAUCUAAUAGGUCCUCUGUGGAAAGGCAUAAUUAAAAUAAAGCCUGAUGAAUUUUUAAGCAGUAACUGCUUAAGCCUAAGUAACUGCUUAGACUUAA